AUGCCAAGAGUAGCCAUCAAGGGGCAAGCGGUUCCAGAUUUCAUCUUGGAGCUAACCCCCAUGAAGGAACACGAGGAGUACCCUGAGAUUGAGAAUAAGUUCAAAUUCUCCACAUCUAACAACGCGGCUGAGUACGAAGCAUUGAUCGAGGGACUGCAUCUGACACAAGAGAUAGGGCUCAAGAGUGUGCAGGUGUUCAGCGACUCACAGCUAAUGGUGAACCAGGUUAGCGACACCUUUGAGGCCAAGGAACCACAUUUGAACUCCUAUCAGGCAUUGGCAAAGACUCUCCUGAGCAGGUUUGAAUCUACAACAGUCACUCAAAUCCCCCGGAAGGAAAAUAGUAACAUUGAUGCGUUAUCAAGACUUGUCACCGGCACCCAUCAAAAAGGGCGCAAGAAGGUCAAGGUCGAGAUCCUGGAUAGGCCCAGCAUCAGCAAAAUGAUCUCUGAGAUAUUUGCCAUCACCGUUGGCCCUAGGGAACCCACGUGGAUGGACCCUAUCAUCGAGUUCCUUAAGGAGGGGGUCCGCCCAAAGAAUAGGCGACAGGCAAGAAAGUUGCAGUCGAGAUGUGCGAGAUACACGUUGAUAGACGGCAAGUUGUACCGCAGGGGUUAUUGCUUCCCCAACCUGAAGUGUGUAUCAAUAGAGGAGGCAGAGACAAUCCAAUGGGACAUCCACGAAGGAGUUUGCGGCAAUCAUUCUGUAUCAAGAUCCUUGUCUUUCAAGACAUUAAGAACGGGAUACUUCUGGCCCAACAUGGGGAAGAUGGCAGAUCAGAUGUCAGCGAGAUGUCACAAAUGCCACCAGCACGCUAACAAGAUCCAUUCCCCAUCCAUCGCUCUCUCAAUCUUGAUGUCUCCAUGGCCGUUCACGCAGUGGGGCCUGGAUCUGAUCGGGAAGCUCCCGACGGCUCCCGGACAAUACAAGUACGCCAUAAUGACUAUAGAUUACUACACCAAGUGGGUUGAAGCAGAGCCGCUAAGUCGGAUAACCACCGAUAGUGUAAAGAACUUCCUCAUGAGAAUGUCUACUGUAGGUUCGGCAUCCCAAAAACAAUCAUAA